AUGCCUUCCAAUCUACUUCUUCCGGCCAUUGUUCUGGCAGCUGUUGCGUACUUGAUAAAAGCUUUCUACUCAGCCAACACCUCAGCUCUCUCGACACUUCCAGGACCUUGGUACUCCAAAUACACCAACAUAGUGCUCCGUUACCACAUCCUCACCGGCCGUCGAAUCUUCUACGUCGAUGCUCUCCACCAACGCUAUGGCGGCGUUGUCCGCAUCGCGCCCCGCGAGGUCGCCGUUUCAGACAUAUCGGGCAUUGCCAAAAUCCACAAGAUCGGCUCUGGAUUCCUCAAGUCGGAGUUCUAUCAGAAUCUUACGCCGACGAGAGAGCCGGGCAUCUUCGCUAUGCAGGAUCCACAUGCGCACGCGGCGAGACGUAGGCUUUUCGCCAGGGCGUUCAGCAACUCGAAUUUGAAGACGAAUUGGGAGAGUGAGGUUAGGUCGAAGGCUGAGCUUGCAGUGCAGAAGAUUAAACAGGAUGCCGUUGGAUCGGCGAAGGGGGCCGAUGUCUUGAAGUGGUGGACACUAAUGGCUACAGAUGUGAUUGCCCAUCUGAGCUUUGGAGAGAGUUUCCAUAUGUUGGAACUUGGAAAGCAAACCGGAUACAUUGACGCGCUUCAAGCAGCAUUGUUAUCAGGCGUGCUUCGCGCCGAGUUGCCUCUUGUCCAUACACUCCUUCGCUACAUUCCAACAGAGCGGAUACAGAAGAUUGUCACUGCAGACGACGUUGUCUUUGAGUACGGAGCACUAGCCAUUCGCAACAUGCGCCAGGGUGUGGGCAAUGCUAUGAACUUGUUUGGACAAAUGGUGGCUGCUAGCGAUAGUCAAGAGAAGGCGUCUCUGAGAGACGAAGACGUCAGGACUGAGGCCGGUAAUCUGAUCAUUGCAGGCUCGGAUACUACUGCUGUCACUUUAACAUACUUGGUCUGGGCCGUACUGAAUCAGCCACAACUACAAGCUGAUUUGGAGCGCGAAAUCGCAUCACUCAGCGCCGACCUGACACUGUCUGAACUAGAGGAUGCUCCGCUUUUGAAUAGCAUUCUUGAUGAAGUUCUCAGGCUGUAUGGAGCUGCACCAGGAGCGUUGCCGCGGAUAGUACCCAGUCAAGGCCUGAGUGUCAACGGAUUUCAUAUUCCAGAGGGUGUUGAAGUCAGCACGCAAGCAUAUACGAAUCACAGAGAUUCCUCAAUCUUUCCAAAUGCCCUUCAAUUCGACGGCCGCCGAUUCUUGGACAAGACAACAAUGACCUCUCAACAGAAGGCAGCAUUCAUGCCAUUUGGAGGAGGUUCGCGAGUAUGCAUCGGUCUACAUCUUGCAUGGAUGGAAUUGCGUUUAGGGGCCGCAUUGUUCUUCAGACAUUGCCGAGGCGCUACGUUGAGUUCCUGCAUGAGCGAUGACAUGAUGGAGAUGGACAAUCGGUUUUUGAUAUCUCCCAAGGGUCAUUGUUGUUACAUUAGAGUGGAAAAGGGAGGCCAGGAAGAGGCAUAGAGACAUAAAGGAU